GCACGCGAUCAAGCCGCGUGACCGUAGAAGAAGAACAGGAGGAUUCGACACGGACCUUCGUCCUGUAUAUCUCAGCAGCCAUAAAACCUAAAGUUAUCACAGUGCGUGGUCCAAGAACUUCUGUGUCUGGCUACACACGAGACGGCGCGUUGACCCACGGCGCCAUGCUGGCAUCGAGCGACAAGCCCGAUAACUCGCAGCGCCUGGAGCACCGCGGGACCAGUCCGGGCCUUGACCACGGUGGACCGAGGCCAGUCGAGUCCGGCGGCACCUCCCCUAGGUCUGCCGCCGACACCGACGCCUUGCUCCAGUACCUGGCUGACACGCCGCCCGGUGAACGCUCCGGUCGCGUCACUGUCACCGUCGAGAAGCGGUCGGAGGAUCGCCCGGAGUCACCUGCACUGGCCACACCGUCCACUUCACCGAGCCCAACCGCAGGACAACAGCGCGUGCACGGCGAAAGAGACCAGGAUACGGCAGUGACCAGACACAGCGACAAGCACGGGCACUCCGAGACGCGGCAGGGUCAUCGCCCCAGGAGAAUUCUCCGGAAGAGGAAAGCGAACGUCGCGCCUCCGGCGGUAGCCUUAGGCAACGAACCCGACGCCACUCUUUUAGCACCGGACACAGCGACCGCUCUACGACAAGCUGGAGUUGCCUCAGCCUCUACGGAGAAGCAGACUUGUACGUUAAUUUACUUAAGAGGAAGCUUUCGAUAAAUUGUGUCAUAAACUACUAAUGCAUAAGUUGCAGUUACUAAACUUGGAUUCCAAUUUAAACUGCUUGCAUGGCUUCAAUGCUUUUUACUCAAUCAUUCCGAGUUUGUCUCAGCUAACAAUACUGACUUUCGUCCGAGUCCUGUUUUCUCAGGUUUACUACAUGUACAAGGGUCUGUACUUGGCCUGCUCCACUCUC